CUUUCUUCUCUUCUAAACCCACAAACCCCACUUUUCACUACAUUUUCAAAUUAUAACCGUUCUUAAUAUCAUGGCUUUUUAUUCACUAUUUUCCUCUCUCCUUCUUCCUCUCUUCAUCUCUUUUCGCUUUGCUUUUGCGGAUUACGGUGGUUGGCAGAGCGGCCACGCCACCUUUUAUGGCGGCGGUGACGCAUCUGGUACCAUGGGAGGAGCUUGUGGGUAUGGAAACUUGUACAGCCAAGGAUAUGGAACGAACACCGUGGCACUGAGCACGGCACUAUUCAACAAUGGGCUAAGUUGUGGGGCUUGCUUUGAAAUGACUUGUACAAAUGACCCUAAAUGGUGCCUUCCCGGAACUAUCAGGGUCACUGCCACCAACUUUUGCCCUCCUAACUUUGCUCUCCCUAACAACAAUGGCGGCUGGUGCAACCCACCCCUCCAACACUUCGACAUGGCUGAGCCUGCCUUCCUUCAAAUUGCUCAGUAUCGAGCUGGAAUCGUCCCCGUCUCUUUUCGUAGAGUACCAUGUAUGAAGAAAGGUGGAGUGAGGUUCACAAUCAACGGCCACUCGUACUUCAACCUCGUUCUGAUCACGAACGUCGGUGGUGCAGGCGACGUUCACGCCGUGUCGAUAAAGGGGUCUCGAACCGGAUGGCAAGCCAUGUCUAGAAAUUGGGGCCAAAACUGGCAAAGCAACAACUAUCUCAAUGGCCAGGGCCUUUCCUUUCAAGUCACUCUCAGCGAUGGUCGCACUCUCACUGCCUAUAACCUCGUCCCUUCCAAUUGGCAAUUUGGCCAAACCUUUGAAGGCCCUCAAUUCUAAACCAUCAACCAUUACUACUACAACUACUACUACUUUAAAAACAAAACACACAAAACAAAUAACAAUAGAACGAGAACGAGGAUCGAGAAUCGGGGCGCAUUGUUUCGCUUUCUUUUUUAAGUUUUUUUGAAAAAGAAAGAGAACGUUUAAAUUUGGUGUUUUUUUCCCUUUUUUUACAUCUUUUUUGGUUUGAGUGUGUGAUGUUUAUUUUUUCCUUCAAAAGAGGUCUUGGGAGAAGGUAGGGAGGGAUCAUAAAGAGGGGGUUAUAUGCAUGAAAUUGCCAUAAUAAUGGCACCUUUGUUGCUGUGGUGUUAUAAUCUGGCACCCGCUAGGCUUUCACAUUUAUAUAUAUAAAUAUAUAUGAUAUGAUAUGAUAUAUAUGAUGAUAA